CCGGGUGCAGCGUGGCGCGGAAGGCCCAGGAGGGUGACGGCGGGGACACUGCCUGCUUCUCUCCUUGAACAUUUGGCUUCUCCAAGCCCUCACUGUUCUUCCUCCGGCGCCGCUGGUUUCUGCGACUGAGGGGCUCUCAGAUUUGCCCGGGUGGGGGCUGGCGGAACGCAGAGUGGUCCUGAGUUACGGAUUUGUUACCAGGCCCCCACCGCCCCCUAAAGGAGGAAGCCAGCUGCCUCCGACACCUCUACAGAGAGGGGGGCGCGGGCGAGGUCUCGCUGGACGCCCUCGAGGUGCCACCUUUGCGUCCAAGCAGCGUGAGGGCCGAGGGCGCGCGCGGUAGGCACUUCGGGGACCGAGCGGUGGUCCCCGGUCCAGCCCCCCAGCUUCCCGCGAGCUCCGCCCGCCGCAGGCGCAGCCCUCCGGCAGGGGGCGCCGGCGCGGGCCUCUCUGCCCAUCGGGGCGGGCGAGCCCGGGACCCUGCCUCCCGCGCGCCCGCGCGCCCGCGGUCCGCCCCUCGCGCUCGUCCCGGCGGCUGGCGAGCCUGCGCCUGGCCGGAGCUGAGCGGCGCACCGGGCCGCCAGAGGAGGAGGGCCACGAGUUCCUCGAAAGGACCAACUUGCGGAGUGACCCGGAGAAAGGGCAGCGGAACCGCGGCGGAAAGGGGUGGUGGCGUCCGGCCCCGCCGGCCCCGCGCCCCGGCCCCCACCAUGGCCCGGGGCUCGGCGCUGCAGCGGCUGUGCGCCCCGGCCGUCUGGGCGGCCGCAGCGCUCCUGAUCUGCGCGCCCCGGACCUCAGGGGAAGCGGAGGUUCCUGAUCCGAAUGACCCUUUGGGACAACUGGAUGGACUUGACAGCCCUGUUCCAACCCUGAAAGGUUACUUUCUGAAUUUUCUGGAGCCAGUAAACAAUAUCACCAUAGUCCAAGGCCAAACAGCAAUUCUGCACUGCAAGGUGGCCGGAAACCCGCCGCCCAGCGUGCGGUGGCUGAAGAACGACGCCCCCGUGGUGCAGGAGCCGCGCCGGGUCAUUAUCCGCAAGACAGAGUAUGGCUCUCGGCUGCGCAUCCAGGACCUGGACACGACGGACACUGGCUACUACCAGUGUGUGGCCACCAACGGGGUGAAGACCAUCACCGCCACCGGAGUCCUGUUUGUGCGGCUUGGGCCAACACACAGCCCAAAUCAUAACUUUCAAGAUGACUACCACGAGGAUGGGUUCUGCCAGCCGUACCGGGGCAUCGCCUGUGCGCGCUUCAUUGGGAAUCGGACCAUUUAUGUGGACUCGCUGCAGAUGCAGGGGGAGAUUGAGAACCGCAUCACAGCGGCCUUCACCAUGAUUGGCACGUCCACACACCUGUCGGACCAGUGCUCACAGUUCGCCAUCCCGUCCUUCUGCCACUUCGUGUUCCCGCUGUGCGAUGCGCGCUCCCGCGCGCCGAAACCCCGCGAGCUGUGCCGCGACGAGUGCGAGGUGCUGGAGAGCGACCUGUGCCGCCAGGAGUACACCAUUGCGCGCUCCAACCCGCUCAUCCUCAUGCGCCUGCAGCUGCCCAAGUGCGAGGCGCUGCCCAUGCCCGAGAGCCCGGACGCAGCCAACUGCAUGCGCGUCGGCAUCCCGGCGGAGAGGCUGGGCCGCUACCAUCAGUGCUACAACGGCUCCGGCACAGAGUACAGAGGGACGGUGAGCACCACCAAGUCGGGGCACCAGUGCCAGCUGUGGGCACUGCAGCACCCCCACAGCCACCAGCUGAGCAGCGCAGACUUCCCCGAGCUUGGAGGGGGGCACGCCUACUGCAGGAACCCUGGCGGGCAGAUGGAAGGGCCCUGGUGCUUCACACAGAAUAAAAACGUACGCAUGGAACUGUGUGACGUGCCCUCCUGUAGUCCUCAGGACAGCAGCAGGAUGGGGAUUCUGUAUAUCCUGGUCCCGAGCAUUGCGAUUCCCCUCGUCAUCGCGUGCCUUUUCUUCCUGGUCUGCAUGUGCCGGAAUAAGCAGAAGGCUUCUGCCUCCACGCCACAGCGCCGGCAGCUGAUGGCCUCGCCCAGCCAGGACGUGGAGAUGCCGCUCAUCAGCCAGCAUAAGCAGGCCAAACUCAAGGAGAUCAGCCUGUCCACAGUGAGGUUCAUGGAGGAGCUUGGGGAGGACCGGUUCGGGAAAGUCUACAAAGGCCAUCUGUUCGGGCCGGCGCCCAGUGAGCAGACUCAGGCCGUGGCCAUCAAAACACUGAAGGACAAGGCGGAAGGGUCGCUCCGUGAGGAGUUCCGGCAUGAGGCCAUCCUGCGGGCUCGGCUGCAGCAUCCGAACAUAGUGUGUCUGCUGGGCGUGGUCACCAAGGACCAGCCCCUCAGCAUGAUCUUCAGCUACUGCUCGCACGGCGACCUGCACGAGUUCUUGGUAAUGCGCUCACCCCACUCUGAUGUGGGCAGCACAGAUGAUGACCGCACUGUGAAGUCUGCCCUGGAGCCCCCCGACUUUGUGCACGUGGUGGCACAAAUAGCUUCGGGCAUGGAGUACCUGUCCAGCCACCACGUGGUCCACAAGGACCUGGCCACCCGCAAUGUGCUCGUGUAUGACAAGCUGACCGUGAAGAUCUCGGACCUGGGGCUGUUCCGGGAGGUGUACUCGGCCGACUACUACAAACUGAUGGGAAGCACGCUGCUGCCCAUCCGCUGGAUGUCCCCCGAGGCCAUCAUGUAUGGCAAGUUCUCCGUGGACUCGGACAUCUGGUCCUACGGCGUGGUCCUGUGGGAGGUCUUCAGCUAUGGCCUGCAGCCCUACUGCGGGCACUCCAACCAGGAUGUGGUGGAGCUGGUGCGCAGCCGGCAGGUGCUGCCCUGCCCCGAUGACUGCCCUGCCUGGGUGUACGCCCUGAUGAUUGAGUGCUGGAACGAGUUCCCUAGCCGGCGGCCCCGCUUCAAGGACAUCCACAGCCGGCUCCGGGCCUGGGGCAACCUGUCCACGUAUAACAGCUCCGCGCAGACCUCGGGGGCCAGCAACGCCACUCAGACCAGCUCCCUGAGCACCAGCCCAGUCAGCAACGUCAGCAACGCCCGCUACGGGGGCCCCAAGCAGAAGGCCCAGGCCUUCCCGCAGCCGCAGUUCUUGCCCAUGAAGGGCCAGAUCAGACCCCUGGUGCCUCCUCCCCAGCUCUACAUCCCUGUCAACGGCUACCAGCCGGUGCCGGCCUACGGGGCCUACCUGCCCAACUUCUACCCAGUCCAGAUCCCGGUGCAGAUGGCCCCGCAGCAGGUGCCGGCCCAGAUGGUGCCCAAGCCCGGCUCCCACCACAGCGGCAGUGGCUCCACCAGCACCGGGUACGUCACCACUGCGCCCUCCAACACGUCUGUGGCGGACAGGGCGGCCCUGCUCUCGGAAGGCAUUGAAGAUGCGCAGAACACUCCGGAAGACACAGCCCAGAGCCCCGGGCAGGAAGCCGAGGAGGAGGAUGGUUCCGUCCCGGAGACAGAGCUGCUGGGGGACAAUGAAACUCUGCAGGUGGACGAGGCCGAGGUCCAGCUGGAAGCCUGAGGGACAAGGGUGUGCGUGGGGUGCUUGGGGGAAAGAUUGAGCCCCAGGGGUGCCUGGCAGGUGGGGUUGGUGGCCCUGCAAGACACGUGGUGACCGGUGCCACCUGCAUUUAUUUCCUUGGAGGUCGAUGGGUGCCAAGCAGGGCCUGUGCUUUGGCGGGGAAAUCAGAUGGCAUCUUCCCUCCAUGUUGCAUGUGGAUCAUAUAUAGAGAAAUUUUGGGGAAAUAGGCCUCCCAAGGCGGGAAGGCGGGACCUUGGCUUUGAUGCAACCAGCGGCUGCCAUUCCCUCUGCUGUCCCCCUGCCAGCAAUAGUCUCCCUUCAACUACCAAAGGUCAGUGGGAACAGGACAUGGCUGCCUGCCACCUGCCAGGGUCCCAUCCAAAAGGGGCUUCUGAAAUGGGAGUUCUGUGCUAAAACAAAAUGUGCCUUAAAAGAAACUGAUGCAGUUUCGUAUUUUUGUGAAAUGAUUUCAGUUAUCCUGUAUGUGUAUUUUGCCCACUUUUCCGGAAUUCAAGGAAAAGUGUUUCUUGGCAUGGAAUGUCACAAAGGAAGCCAUGUUGUAUAGAGCACAGUAUUGUUACUUUGUUAGAAUCAUGUACAGACCGUAAGUGUAAUUUAUAUGGUUUCUGUGUGCCAUUUUCACUGAAGUAUUUUGAGCUUUAAAAAAUGACCUAGUAAUUUAACUGUUUGUGCUGCCCACUUUGGGGUGCCACCUGAUUGUAUGUUGGUCUGCUUGUGUCUGAACCGCGUGUCAGCGAGGUCCCUGCAUUUCAGAGCCUGUGGGAGCAGGCCUGCAGGUGCUGCCAGCCCGUGGGGUGGGGCUCCCUUCUCGCUCCCAGGCCUUAGGGCUCACCUGUAACUCCCAUACCUUCGGGCUCACCUGUAGCUCCCAUACCUGGCACAUCCAAUACAGCAAAACAGAACAACUGGUUUGCCCUCUGCAGACUGUGGGGGUAUUAGGCCACUUUGGAAGGUGCUGCAUGACAGAGACCGUGGGUUUGGGGUGGGCGCUCACUAGCGAUUGCAUUUGAGAGAAUAUAUGUGGCCAGGUAAAUGUGCCAGGGCCCCUGACAUUUUUAGACCUGGAGCCUGGCUCUUCUGAGGGCCCUGGGACUGGGCUGGGGGUGGGUGGGGCCACCUGUGCCUCUGCCCCUUCAGCCCAGCAGCCAGCCAAGCCAGCAUCACUCAGGAGCAGUGGCCCCAGGACUUGUGAUCAGGGGAGGGGCUCAGCACACAGCCGCAACCUGGUGAGACCUGGAGGAGCUUCUGCCUGCCAGCAGACAUCCUCUGGGCCUUGCCCUUGGCCUUGGACGGGCUGGGAGAGUUUCUGUUUAUUGGGGUGGCACACCCCCUGGGGACAGCCAGGACUCAGCUGGGAAUUUGCUGCCCGUAUGUGGACAGGGGCCCCUUGCUGCAUCAGAAGCUCAUGUAGGCCUUUUUUACAAAAGAGGCACUGCCCUCCCUGCUCCCAGGUGGUCCAAGUGGGGCCGGGAAUGUGCAUUUCUAACAAGUGACCAGAGGAUGCUGAUGUGCCCUCAGGGCCCACUGAGAGCUUCAAAGCCCAGCUCUGGUGACCCUGGCUGGCCAGCACGUCGGGCCACCCUGACCUUCAGGUCCAUCCUGCCCACCCCUUGCCCUAUUGCCUGGGUGUGAUGGUGCUUGUGGAUGGAGCCACACACAUCAGUAAAGAAAGAAAAUGUCCGAGUUGCAUACCCUGCGGUGAGGAUGGGUUCUCCAUGGGGGGGCAGAGGAGGACCGGGACUGGGGUUAAGGACCAGGAGCCCCGAAGAGCCCCUCUCCUGGCAAGUGUGGGCUGAGUUGCAUAUUCAAAGAACUCAGGGUUAAAUGGAGCUACUUCUCAUUUCCACUUAUCUGAAAGAGGAACUUAACGUUAUCUCUAAUUUGGUACACCUGGUGGUUAGCUGUUCGUUGAGACCUGAGAGUAAAAAAUGGGAAAUAGUGAUUUGGCUGCUCUGUCCGCGGCAGAGUCGGCGGUGAGCCGCCCCUGCAGUUUAUCGUCACCGAAUCCCCAGACAAGAACACAACGUCCCAAGCCACUGACGGCCCCACAGAGCGAACAGUGGAGAUUCUGCAGAAAGACAUUUGGAGGGUUUUUUGGGGGAGUGGGGGAGGUUUUGAUUUGGGGAACUUUUUUUUUUGGCCAAAUAUAGCAUCUGCUUGUUACAGCUUAUUCUAAUUGUAAAAAUCUCAGUUCAUCUUUAGAAAGGUAUAUUGAGCUUUUAAGCCUGUGCUGUUGAACAGAAAUGACUUAGUUGGGAUGCUCCAGAACAACGGGACCUGGGGUGAAGUUGCACGACUCAGGUAAAUAUCACUCAUACUGUCCACCCAACAGCAUCCUGUCCUCGGUCAUCCCAGGAGGGAGAUUGCCACAGCUACUGAGCAACUCACGGAAGUGCAAUUACUUUUUAAUCAAGUCCUGCAAAGCCACGAAUGCCUUUUGCACUCCUUAUAUUUCUUGAUAAAUGAUCCUUGCUGAAACAAUCUGUCAAGAGCAGUGGCUGAUUUUUCUGUACUAAUUUUAGGGUGUCUGACUAACUGCUAUGGUGUAAAACAGCUUCCCACUAAAUCAAGAAAAGCUCUUGCUGCUUUUAACAGGGAAACACCGUGUAAAUGUGCGCCCUUUAGACUUAGUUCCACCUUGCAGCUUGCUAUUGAUAGUUAUUUUCAGACACUGAUUUUACAACUAUGUUUGGGAUGAAUCAUACACAGAUGUUGGUUAUGUGUGAGAUUCUUAUGGGAACUUUUUAAAGUGUUUCUGAGAUGAGUUUUUAAGAAGAUUGUGUCAAGGUAAACUGACGUCAGGGUGCUAUUUGGAAACCUUGCCAGCACGAGGCAGGGUGACCUUUCCAAGGUCUGACCUGCUCCCACCUCACCCGUUUUCCCCUAAUUGGUCCCUAAAGUAGAAGAAACUCUUAAGUAUUUCUUGGCCUGGGAAUUAGUGAACAUUCAGUAAUUGGCUCUUGAAAUGAGAAUAAUGGUUUAUUUAGGUAGAGAAAGCCCAGAUUUAGGCAACGGACACCGGCAAGAGAAGGCCUUGUGUCCCACAGUGGGCAUGCACCCCGGAGGAGGGCACAGUGACAGCCCACACUGCCCAGUCUCGUUUACCCCACAGGCACAUGUCCAAUGGGUUGUGGUUCUCCUGGGCCACUUGUUUACAAACUGAAGGUCUGUGGCAACCCACUGUUGAGCAAGUCUUUCGGCACCAUUUUUCCAACAGUGUCUGCUCACUUUGUGUCUCUGUGUCACAGGUAGUAAUUCUCCCAAUAUCUUAAACUUUUCAUCAUUAUUAUGUUUGUGAUGUGAUCUGCGAUCAGUAGUUACAGCUCACUGAGAGCUCAGAUGAUGGUUGGCUUUUUUUUAGCAAUAAAGAUUUUUAAAAUUAA